AUGAAUGAAAAUUUUGAUUUGCAAAGAUCAAUAAUUGAGGAGGAUAUUAUGAAUGUGGUGAAAAAGAAUGAGGAUAAUGUUUGUGCAAGUUAUCUCAUAAGUUCGGAUUUGGAUAUUAAUGUAACUUUGUGCAUGCAUCGAGUGAUAAAUGCAGCGUAUCAGGAAACAAAAGUAUCCACUUUGAAACUCCUUGUUUCCACUUGUCUUCCACCUCCUGUGAGGAAAUGUCCUCGAUUACCAGAGAAAAGAGAAAAACCUCAACCGUUAGAAAGAAUUGGAUUUUCAUUUGAGAAUAAUCAAUCACUACUCAAUAAUUCUGCAUUUUCUGAUGUACAUAUUAUUGGAAUGAAUUAUGAGAAUAAUGAAAUAGAAAAUCUAUAUGCUCAUAGUAUUAUUCUGAGCUGUUCUUGCUCGAAAGUAUUGGAAAAUUUAUUCACUAAAUUGAAAUAUCUUGCUGCAAACGAUAAGAUAGAAGAAAUACCGGAGCUCUAUUCUGAGUACUCCACUUUAUUUAAGACCAUACUUUAUGAGGAGAAAAUUUUCAAACUUGAGCUAGUAGAAUCUAUAUCAACACAAGAAUUUAUAACCAUACUAGAAUUGACUUACUGUGGGAAAACUAUUAAUCUAGAGAAGAAAUUCCUGAAAGGAAGAAUUGAUGAAUUAUCACUCUUAUUCGACGCACCAUCUCUGAAAAACUUUUACGAUAAGUGUGAUUUGUUUAAUGAGGGAUCUGAAAAUAUUAUGCAGGAUUUCUAUUCGAAACUAAACACAAACUUCUUUGGAAAGAAAGAGUAUGCUGAUGUUCAAUUCAAAAUUGGAGAUAACUACAGAUACGCCAACAAAUGUUUUCUAUUUGUGUGCAGUGAUGUCUUUAAGGUUAUGUUCACAGAUGGCUUUAUUGAGAGCUCUUCUUCCAUGACUGAAAUUAAUCUAUUUGAAGGUCAAGAAUUAACUAAUUCCAUUGAAGAUCAAAUCAAAGGAUGCGAGGCCUUUCUACAACAUGUCUAUCACAGACAACCUGUAUUUGAUUCCAAUUCUGUGUGUACAAUUUUAGCCAUAGCUCACCUAUAUAACAUGAAUCAUCUUGAAACUCAAUGUGAAGUUUUCAUAUCGAAAUCUAUCAAUGAAGAGAAUGCAAAAAAUGGCAGUGAAGAAAUUGUAACUCUCUACUUGUUUUCUAAACUUUACAAUGCCAAACAAUUACGAAAACUAUGCCUCUACUAUAUGACAAACAAUUAUGCAAACUAUUUACCACUCAUUCAGAAUUCUCUAGAGGAAGAAGAUUUGAUUGAAAUCAAAACAAAUGUGUGGCCUCCUUCCUAUUACUACACAGAACUUGAAAAGUAUGAAAAGGAGAAAGCUAACUACGAAUCCUACAAGAAACACCUUCAACAUUUCACAAACUUCAAGAGAGUGCAAUCUUUGCUGUCAUCCUCAACAAAUAAUUGCAUUUUACAAUGA